AUGGCGAGUGCAGCCGCGAAUUUGAAACACGGGUUGUUGGGCGAAUUCCGAGCAGGAGUAGAAAGCAUCGACGAAUACAAGGAAAGGUUCGAGCUUUACUGCCUGGCAAACGCAGUACCGAUAGGAGACGAGCACGUAGCUCGUAGGAAGGCAAUCUUUCUAACGUCUGUGGGUGCAUCGACCUACAGUUUGUUGCGGACCUUGGUACGACCUCGCCAACCGCAAGAUUUGGAGCUUGAUGAUAUCAUUCAGCAACUGAGAAAUCACUACGAGCCAAAGAAGAUUGUCAUAGCCGAGCGAUUCCGUUAUUACAAGAGACAACAGAAAGAAGGUGAGACUGUUACGGUGUUCUUGUCAGAAUUGCGUCGUCUAGCUAAACACUGUGAGUUCGGAGACAAGUUGUCAGUUGCGUUGAGGGACCAAUUCGUGUGUGGAUUACGAGUAGAAGCCCUACAGCAGAAAAUUCUAGCGGAAACUGACUUAACACUCGAGAAAGCGGUACGAAUAGCGCAAGCUUUUGAAUCGGCAAGACAAGAAACGAUAGCUUUGCGAGGAGACACGCGCAGACACGGAUCAACAACAGACCACGAGACGAUGCAAUGGCAAGGGCACGUUCCUGAUAAGUGUCAGAUGAAAUCAAGAGAGUGCUAUUUAUGUCACAAGAAGGGACAUAUCGCAAAAGCCUGCCGGAGUAAGAAGCAAGGCGAUUUUGAGAACAGGAGCGGAGCAACGGGUACCAAGAAUACAAAGUACCAGAAACAAGCCACGUUACAAGUGGAAGAAGAGGAAGUAUGUUCACUUUAUGGUCUGGGAAGUCAGGAUGCAAUCAAAGUCAAUAUGACUGUAGCUGGACGAGAAUUAGAGCUGAUUGUUGACACGGGUGCAACUAUUACCGUGAUUCCCAGGGAGACCUAUGAGAAACAACUAUCUCAUGUCAAACUCCAGAGCAGCAACGUGAAAUUACAGUCAUAUUGUGGACAGACAUUGUCUGUACGCGGAGAAGCGGUAGUACCAGUACGCUACGGAGAUCGAGAAAUACGAGGUAGAGUAGUUGUCGUCAAUGCUGCAAAUAAGCCAGCAGUGCUUGGCAGGAAUUGGUUGUCACAACUGAAGUUGGACUGGGCAUCUUUAUUUAGCUUGAAUGUCCUGGAUCCCGUACACGAGUUUCCUGAGUUAUUCAAGGAAGGAAUGGGAAAGCUGCAAGGAGUGCAAGCGAAAAUUACUCUGAGUGCCACUGCAAGGCCAGUCUUUCAUAAGGCAAGACCAGUACCAUUUGCGUUACAAGCUAAAGUGGAUACUGAAAUCGAUCGCUUAGUCAGAGAAGGAGUACUGACACCUGUAGAUCAGAGCGAGUGGGCUUCACCGAUAGUAGUGGUGAGGAAACCUGACGGCAGUAUCAGAUUGUGUGGUGACUACAAAGUAACCAUCAAUGAAUAUUUGGGAAAUAUUGAGUACCCCACACCAAAUGCUCAGGAUUUAUUUGCUACUUUAGCGGGUGGUCGACGAUUUACCAGGCUUGAUCUAAAGCAAGCUUACCAACAAAUGGAAGUGGAUACCGGGAGCCAAGAGUAUUUAACCAUAAAUACUAGGAAGGGUUUGUUUACUUAUACCAGAAUGCCUUUUGGUAUACGAACAGCACCGAGUAUUUUCCAGAAAACGAUGGAUAUGAUAUUGUCUGGAAUACCAGGAGUUUGUUGUUUUUUCGAUGACAUACUGAUUGUCGGUUCAACUGAUGCUGAGCACGAUGCAAGAGUGAGGCAAGUAUUACAACGCCUAAAGCAAAGAGGAGUUCGGCUAAAGAAGGACAAAUGUGAAUUUGGUCAAUCUGAGGUGACAUACUUAGGUCACAGGGUAGAUCACGAAGGUCUGAAGCCUACGGAAGACAAGAUCAAGGCUAUCAGGGAAGCACCUGAGCCAAGAAAUGUGACUGAGUUGAAGGCAUUUCUGGGGCUGUUGAACUAUUACAGCCAUUUCUUACCGAAUCUGUCAAAUACUCUACAAGCAUUGUAUGAGUUACUUCAAAAAGGAAAACAGUGGAGAUGGACAAGGAAACACAGGGCCGCAUUCAAUGCAGCAAAGAACAAGUUAUUACAGUCUGGUUUUCUUACGCACUAUGAUUUGUCUCGACCAGUCAAGCUCAAAUGUGACGCAUCCCCAUAUGGAAUAGGAGCCUGUUUGAGUCACGAGUUUGAGGAUGGAUUGGAGAGACCAGUGGCAUUUGCUUCACGGACACUGUCAUCAGCAGAAAAGGGCUACGCCCAAAUAGAGCGUGAAGCACUGGCAAUCAUUUUCGGCGUUCGUCAUUUCCACAAGUUCCUCAUUGGUCGAAGAUUUACACUAGUGACAGAUCACAAACCUUUGGUCAAAAUUCUGGGACCUAAACAGGGCAUCCCAGCAUUAGCAGCAGCAAGGCUGCAGAGGUGGGCACUAAUUUUAAGUGCAUAUGAGUACAACCUGGAGUAUAUGGCUGGAGAGGAGAAUAAGGAAGCAGAUAUGCUGUCCCGACUGCCAAUGGAAGUGAAUGUCAUAGAUCCUAACCAGGAAUUGUACCAUGUGGAUUGCUGUGAAAAUCUACCUGUAACAGCAGCAGAAGUAGCACAAGAGACUAAAGCAGAUCCAAUUUUGAGACGGGCAUACCAGUAUACAUUGUCUGGAUGGAACUGGAAAAGUCACAUGGAUCCAAGGUUACAACCCUACUCACGACGGUCAGAUGAACUUAGCGUUGAAGAGAACUGUUUACUUUGGGGAACACGUGUGAUAAUACCGCAAAAAUUACAGUCAAGAGUUCUAGCAGAUCUUCAUGAAAAUCACCUGGGUUCAAAUCGAAUGAAAGCAUUAGCUAGAUCAUAUAUCUGGUGGCCGAGUUUGGACAUGACGUUGGAAGAAUUGUGCAAGAAAUGUGAAAUUUGCCAAAGUCAGAGGAAUAAACCGCCUGCUGGUAUUCCUCAUCCAUGGAUGUAUCCCACAGCACCUUGGGAGAGAGUUCACGCGGAUUUCGCAGAGUUUGAAGGUCAACAUUAUCUUAUUAUGAUUGACGCUUUUUCGAAAUGGUUGGAAGUGCAUGAAAUGGGCACUAGUACAACGGCUAGUAGGACAAUAGAGGUGAUGAGGCGAGUUUUUAGUUUUCAUGGCAUUCCAGGACGAUUGGUGACAGAUAAUGGUCCACAAUUCAGGUCAGUAGAAUUUCAGGAGUUCAUGAAAGGAAAUGGUGUCAAACACCAACUCACCCCUCCGUAUCACCCAUCGAGCAAUGGACAAGCAGAACGAGCAGUUCAAAUCUUCAAGAGAUCUAUGGAGGCACGACCUAGAGGACGCACUAUUCGACAUCAAAUAUCUAUAUUGCUGCUGCAGUAUAGGUCGACUCCAAAUACCUCAACAGGAAAAACGCCAUCCGAAUUGCUAAUGAAGAGAGUCUUACGAACAAGACUAAGUCUUGUUAAACCUACAGUUGGAGGAGAGAUUCGAGACAGACAGGAGAGCCAAACAGAAGCUGCAUCCAGACAUCGUGAGAUGUUACCUGGAGAAUCAGUGGCAGUAUGGAACCCAAGACAAGAUAGUCGGGGACGGUGGCUCUCUGGAACAGUAGUCCAGAAACUGGGACCAAGCAACUAUCUUGUAAAUGUGAAUGGUCAGGCUAGGUAUGUUCAUGUAGACCAUAUAUUACAUCGUGAUAUCAGAAGUUUUCCACAGGAUGUACAUCAGGAGCAAACUUCCAAUACUCAUGAUAGUACAGCGACUAUGAUUCCACCACAAGCUGGAAAUUAUUCCGAAGUGAAUGCUGAGAAGACAAUCUCAUCAACGGACUCUACCGGGGAAGACUCAGUACCAACUACUCCUAGCCACCCUGAGUUAACAGAGACACAGUCGGAACAGACUGAUAACAUGCCAACAAAGAAACCAAUUGAGAAGUCAACAGAGAGAGAAAAUCGACGAUAUCCCACAAGGAACAAUAGAAGACCCCCCAGGAGAUAUCGAGAGAUUUAGUGGAAGGGAGUGUAGUAGAGUAAGGGACUCUGGGACUACCCCUAGUAGUCAUUAACAUAUAUCUAUAUAGACUAUGACACUAUAUAGUACUUGUGUAGUCUGGUAUUGAUUGCGUACACACUGUAAGCGAGCUGCAAUAGAACAAUAUAUAGUCGGUAACGAC